UUGAUGGUGGUUGUACUCCGUUUUGCCCUUUAUGGCGAACACAGAUUAAACACCCACUUUACGUUACAUCCAGUUCAACAAACAAUUGAGUUGAAAAAAUUCAACGAAUCGGAGAGCUGUAUUUCUGAGCAGCAGUAUGAUGCAGACAGGAGUCUGAGACAGGAUACUGAGACAACACUACCAGAGCUCACUGAGCAGCACAGGAACAGACAGAAAGAAGAGGAACUCAGUGGACUGGAGUCUGUCCACAUGGCAGAGACAGAGUGUGCUGCACCAGGACUCAACACACUGGAGCCAGUGUGUGUUACAGCACACAGUGGGGUCAGUGAUGUACACCACACACACACAUCACAAAAAAAAACAGAAACUGAUCUGGGUUCCACAUACACUGGGAAUCUUAUUAAAUCAGAGUGCCCUGAUAGUACAGAGCUGGGAUAUGUAACCCAUCUGCAUCCUCACCAAAUCAAAACAGAGACUGAUGAUGGAGGAUACCUGGAGGCGGAAGACAUCAGGGACUUACAAAAUAUUAAAUGUGUUGAUAAAAAAUCUGAUCAAAUGAAGUAUGAAUCCAGUGAAUGUUUAGUGAGUGAUCUCAUGAAUACUGGGAUGGAUGGAGUUGAUGUUGAGGUUAAUGGUGAAAAGCCGUACAGGUGUUCUCAGUGUGAGAAGUACUUUAAUUCCAAAUCUGGUUUAAAUGCUCACCACAAAAUUCAUACAGGUGAAAAGCCCUACAAAUGUACUUGGUGUAAGAAGUGCUUUUCCUCAACAUCUAAUUUAAAUGUUCACCUGAGAAUUCAUACCGGUGAUAAGCCAUACAGAUGUUCUCAUUGUGAGAAGUGCUUUUCCAGAAUAUCUAAUUUAAAUAUCCACCGGAGAAUUCAUACAGGUGAAAAGCCUUACAGGUGUACUCUGUGUGGGAAGUGUUUUUCCCAAGCAAAUGGUUUAAAUCGCCACAAGACGAUUCAUACAGGUGAAAAGCCCUACAAAUGUACUCUGUGUGGGAAAUGCUUUUCCACACCAUAUAAUUUAAAGCACCAUCAGAAAAUCCAUACAGGCGAAAAGCCCUACAAAUGUACUCUUUGUGGGAAAUGCUUUUCAGCACCAUUUAAUUUAAACGAGCAUCAGAAAAUUCAUACAAGUGAAAAACCCUACAAAUGUACAGAGUGUGACAAGUGCUUUAUUACAAAAUCAACUUUGAGUGUACAUCUGAGAGUACAUACAGGUGAAAAACCCUACGUAUGUUCUCAGUGUGGGAAGUGUUUUUCAAUUAGAUGCAAUUUAAAUAUCCAUCAGAGAAUUCAUACAGGUGAAAAGCCCUGCAAAUGUUCUCAUUGUGGGAAGCACUUUGCCACAUUACGUAAUUUAAGUAGCCACUUGAGAGUUCAUACUGGGGAAAAGCCCUACAAAUGUACUGAGUGUGGGAAGUGUUUUUCCACAAUUUUUAGUUUAAAUACACACCACCGAAUUCACACAGGGGAAAAACCCUACAAAUGUACAGAGUGUGGGAAUUGUUUUUCCCAAUCAGUUGAUUUAAAUCGCCAUAAAAGGAUUCAUACAGGUGAGAAACCCUACAACUGUCCUCAGUGUAGAAAGUGUUUUUCCCAAAAAAGUGCUUUAAAUAUCCACCAGAGAAUUCAUACAGGUGUAAAGCCCUAUAAAUGUACUGAGUGUGGGAAGUGUUUUUCCCAAAAAAGUGCUUUAAAUACCCACCAGAGAGUUCAUACAGGUGAAAAGCCCUACAAACAUGCUUAAUGUGGGAAGUGUUUUUCCCAACUAUGUGCUCCAUCUUUCCACAAGAUUAUUCAAGAAGGUGAAAAGCCAUAUAGUUGGUGUAAAGGGGUUAAUAAAAAAUCAAAUUUAAAUAUCUGUCAGCAUGUUCAUAAGGAUGAAAAUCCCUACCUUUGUAUUCAGUGUGGGAAGUGUCUUAAUGGAAUGGCAUCCUUUAUGUACACACUUGAGAAUUCAUCCACAUAUUUUUUUAAAAAAUUGCUUUAGAUUGCCACCAUAUGAUUCAGACCGAUAAAAAGCAGAUGUCCUCAAUGUGGGAAUUUUUUUUUAAGCUGCAUGAAACUCCAUCCAUAGAAUUUGUUUGGGUGAAUAGUCUUACACGUGUACACGGUGUGGGAUGCGCUAUUUAAUGAAAUCCCAUUUAAAUUUGUGCCCGAAAAAUCUUUGGGGAGAAUCCCUCCUUGUCUACCCAUUGUGGGAAGUAUUUUUUGAAAGCAAGUCAUUUUAAUGACCAGCACAGAAUCAAACCGGUUGAAAACCCCCAUAAAUAUCUCCACUGUGGAGAGGAGUUUUUUGUUGUCACCAAAAAAUACCCUUCAGGUAAAAAAAAAUGUUUCCCAGGUGUAUAAUUUAUGCAGCCACCACAGAAUUCAUGCUGGUGAAAUGUUUUAUGGUUAUUUAAAGCCAGAUAAUUCCACCAGAAACUGAAGAAGUGUAACCUCUUUAGCUUUUUGUAGGCUGUGUGACUUUUCCACAGGGCCCUCUUAUCAAUGCCCUGCUAUAGGGAACUGAUGCUCAAAUAAAAUUUCAAAUUUGUUUUUCUAUUUUCCAAAAAAUUGUCAGGAGUACACUUCUAGUGUAUUCUUUUUUGAUCUGCAUUUUUGUUGGAAACUUUUCCUGCUGUAUCGUAGGGCCAUGUAUAAUUCUCCUGUGGUUUUACUUGCUGGCUCGCUGUUUGGACAGGUGUUUGAGAAACGACACACUAAGUGGGGCAAACUUGGAUGCCAUUUUGUCCAUAAUAAGCGUGUCACCACUUUGUUCUUUGGAAAAGAAUUUCCCUUGAAGUCCGAAGGAUAUAUAUUUUUGAAAUUUUUAAAUGAUGAUGAAAUUGACACCAGAGUAAAUUGUUUGAAAGAAACAAUGUGAACACUUUGUAUAUACUGUAGAAAGAAACAUGGUAGUGCAUAUUGCCAACUUGAAGUUUGAAAAUGAACUUGACAGUAUUGGCCUUUUCAGUAAUUGUCUGCCAAUGUAGAGGCUGUAAUGUGUAUGUCAGAUAAAGCUGAUUAUUAGACUUGAGAUAAAUAAAACAAAAAUAUACUUCUUUAUUCCCUGUCUAUAUUAUUUUAUUGCUAUUUUAUUAUUUUAUCGCUUUUCAUUAUUUUACUGUUUUUUAUUGUUUUGUAUUAUUUUACUGUUUUUAUUGUUUUAUUGUAUUGUUGUAUUGUAUUCCUGUGAUGGAAGGGAGUGGGGAGGAGUUUUUCUAUUUAUGGUGUAUCCUUGUUUUACCUUGUCUUAUUCUUUUAUUUUGUCUUCUCUUUCUGUAAAGCACUUUGUGUUACAGACAUUUAUGAAAAGUGCUAUAUAAAUAAAUAAAUAGUAUGUCUUA